CCAAUCCUGCGUGCUGUUCAUCAAUCUAUAGUUUCAAAGUAAUAGGCGCAUUGAAUUUCUGUUCUACAAUAUUCUUGAGCCAACGUUUUUCACCUCAUACUGCACGUCCUGCAUUGAUAUCAAGUUCCAUCUCUACGCGCUCAUUUUUCGAAGGAUCACAGACACUAUCAAAAUAAGAUGGCAUACCAACCUUAUACCGGAUUUGCCAUGACUGAGCCUCGUCCCAAUACCCAAGUCGCUCCCAGAAGAGUCAGCCCCUCAAUCAGAGAGCUUCCUCCUCCACUAUUCGUCAGCGAGCGCAAUUUUAAAGGCGUCAAGCUCAAAGACGACACGUUUUUCCUUAUAAUCGACCAAUAUCAACGGACCCGAGCACUCAGAAUCUUUGACAAUGAAGGGAUGAAGACGAUAGGGGAAAUCUCUGAGGUUUACCGGUGGCUGAAGAUGUUUCCCAACGUCGAAAGAGUUGAGAUCAACGCCAGCGCACUCAUCCCUUCACCGGAAGACGACGUUCAAAAGAAAGUUAGAAGGAACCGUCUUUAUGAACCCGAAACGCCCGUCAGACGCCACUUCCAACAACAGCUCGGAGAUCGUUUUGAAGAGCUGGCUAUAUUCAUUGACGGCGAUACCACUGAAGUCUACAAGACUUUCAGUGAGUUUUUGAUGAAUGACAUCCAACCUCGUAUUCUCACUUAUAUUAUCCCUUCUGAACAUUCCGGAAGUGAUGAAGAGCUCGAUUGUAUCUAUGGCAUGCCACAAUGUUGGCCGGGUGGACGAUGGAUUAGAGUUAUAGCCGACUUUCGCUGGCCAGAGAAGAGGCGAAAGGAACUGCACGAAUUUCAUCGACGCAUUUCGGUUCAGAUUGCUGAACGGGUACUUCAACAGUCUUAUGAUCAUGAGUUGGUUGCCGAUGAUGAUAGGUUUUAUACGAGAGAUGGGCCUUUGAGCGGACGAUGGGCCAAAGUGCAAUGGAACGUUGUAGGAGCAAAGAGAAUUAAGGGUUUGGUGAAGGAUAUAAUCAACAAGGAGAAGGAUCAAGAUCCGAAGAGGUUAUUGAACCUGUUUGAUCAGUAUGUUGAGGUAUUUGAGUUGACCGAAGGGGUCGCGAAAGAGUUUGGGCUAUGGUAAGGGCAGGGAAUCUUUUGUGGGAAAUAUGAGAAGUAGCAUUGUAAAAUUACGUAUAUCAACAUGACGUUUGCAUUAUUAUUAACUGA